AUGUCUUCCAGUAAUGAUACUGCUCUUGAUGCGUACAUUGAUGAUUCUGUAACUUUCGAUUCUAUGAAAUUGGAUCCUAGAUUAUUGCAAGCUAUAAAAAGAAAUGGUUAUAAGAACCCCACGUUGAUCCAGGCCACUGCUAUUCCAUUGGCUUUACAAGAAAAAAGAGAUAUUAUUGCUAAAGCAUCCACAGGUUCCGGUAAAACAUUAGCAUAUUUGAUUCCUGUCAUCCAAACAAUUUUAGAUUAUCAACAAAACAAAGGAAAUGAUGUGGAUUCCAACAGUUCCGCAACGUUGGGUAUAAUUUUGGUUCCUACCAGAGAGCUAGCUCAACAAGUAACCGAAGUUUUAGACAAAAUGAUUUUAUAUUGUUCAAAAGAUAUCAGAUCUCUAAAUAUUGCAGGAGAUAUAUCGCCUGCCGUUUUAACGUCAUUGUUGCUAGAAAAGCCUGAAAUUGUAGUUUCUACUCCAAGUAGAUUGUUAGGAUUAUUGGAGACUAACGUUGAUUCGUUGUCUUUAGAUGAUUUAAAGUUUUUAGUUAUUGAUGAAGUUGAUUUAGUUUUAACAUUCGGUUAUAAAGAGGAUUUAACAAAAAUUUCCCAAUUUUUACCAAUUAAAAAGAAUCUACAAACAUUUUUAAUGAGUGCUACACUAAAUGAUGAUAUUCAAGAGUUGAAAAAGGAUUUCUGUCGUUCGCCUGCAAUCAUUAAAUUCAAUGAUGAUGAAAUAACAAAAGAUCAAACAAAACUAAUUCAAUAUUAUGUUAAGACAUCUGAAUUCGAUAAAUUCUUGUUAUGUUAUGUUAUUUUCAAGUUAGGUUUGAUUAAAGGUAAAACAUUAAUAUUUGUUAAUAACAUUGAUAGAGGUUACAGAUUAAAGUUAGUUUUGGAACAAUUUGGUAUAAAAGCAUGCAUUUUAAACAGUGAACUACCAGCUAACUCCAGACAUCACAUAGUGGAUCAAUUUAAUAAAAAUGUGUAUCGUUUAUUGAUUGCAACCGACGAUACUGAAUACAUAAAGGAAGAAGAUGAACAGGAAGAAAUUCAAGUGGAUGAAACUAAGAAGGAUUCUUCUGAAGAAACUACAGAGAAUAAAGAAGAAGAACCUAAUACUUCUGACAAUAAAAAUAAUAAGAAAAAGACAAUAACUAUUCAAAAGGAUAAAGAAUAUGGUGUUUCUCGUGGUGUCGAUUUCCAAAAUGUUGCAUGUGUCUUAAACUUUGAUCUGCCAACAACAGCUAAAUCUUACGUCCAUAGAGUUGGUAGAACUGCUAGGGCUGGCAAAUCUGGCACUGCUAUUUCAUUUGUUGUUCCAUUAAAAGAAGUUGGUAAACAUAAACCAUCAAUGAGUCAAACCUCAAAAAGAGAUGAAAAGAUUCUUUCCCGUAUUAUGAAGCAACAAGGUAAACUGGGACUGGAAUUACAACCAUACUCAUUUGAUAGUAAGCAAGUUGAAGGUUUCCGUUAUAGAUUGGAGGAUGGUUUCCGUGCCGUUACUCAAGUUGCAAUCAGAGAAGCAAGAAUAAAAGAAUUGAAAGAGGAAUUAUUAGCUAGUGAAAAGCUAAAGAGACAUUUUGAGGAAAAUCCACAAGAAUUGAAAAGUCUAAGGCAUGAUAAAGAACUAUAUCCUUCUAGAAUUCAACAGCAUUUAAAAAGAGUUCCGGAGUAUUUGUUACCAGAAGCUGCAAGAAAAGGUGACAAAAAGGUAGGAUUUGUUCCAUUCCAUAACCCAAAGAAGAAUCGUCAUAGAGUUUCUAAAGGUAAAAAGAAUAACAAAAGAGGUAGCAAGUCUGACCCAUUGAAGAACUUUAAAUAG